AUCUCUUCGUCCACCUCCUCCUCCGAUUUCAGAGCAUCGUUCUCAGCCCCCGCGCGGACACCACCCCGGAUUCCUCGCACACGACCCUCCUCCUCCUCCUGAGCUGGGAUGGAAGGUGUUGUUGUGAGGAGGGUGAUCCCUUCGGACAACAGCUGCCUCUUCAAUGCUGUUGGAUAUGUCAUGGAGCAUAAUCGGAAUAAGGCUUCUGAGCUCAGACAGGUUAUAGCAGCAGCAGUUGCUAGUGAUCCUGCAAAGUACAGUGAAGCUUUUCUUGGAAAACCAAACGAAGCAUACUGUGCUUGGAUUCUGGAUCCUGAAAAGUGGGGAGGUGCCAUUGAACUUUCUAUCCUAUCAGAAUAUUAUGGGCGUGAAAUUGCUGCAUAUGACAUCCAGACAAGCCGCUGUGAUCUGUAUGGUCAGGAGAAGAAUUAUAGUGAGCGAGCUAUGCUCAUUUAUGAUGGACUGCAUUAUGAUGCUUUAGCUAUGUCACCAUUUGAAUGUGCGCCGGAGGAAUUUGAUCAGACUAUCUUCCCUGUCGACUACAAACGGUCGAUUGGCCAAGUAGAGGGCCUCGCUCUUAACUUAGUGAAGGAUGCACAGAGGAAGAGGAGCUACACAGACACCGCAAACUUCACCCUGCGCUGCGGCGUCUGCCAAAUUGGUGUGAUUGGUCAGAAGGAAGCCGUCGAACAUGCUCAGGCCACUGGACAUGUCAACUUCCAAGAAUACAAAUGACUGUACAAGAUAAAGCUUGUGUUGUAACUUGUAAACCCAUGUUCAUUUGUUCCAAUUGAUGAUUCUUAUUGGGUUGGAUAUGGUAUAGAACUGUAUUACAACAUUUGUUACAGGGGAAUUCAAUAAUACCAGUUUGGAUAAUCCAGUAUGGUAUCGACAUUGACUUGUCAACUAUGAUUGCUUGUAGUCAAUACCUUGCUUAUC